AUGUGUGGCCCAAGGGGUGAGUUGACAGCAGGACCCAGCCCUGUGCCCACCCUCUCAUAUGAGAAUCUCAGGGCACAGUAUACCAUCCUGAGGACCAUAGGCCAGGGAGGCUGUGCCCAGGUGAAGCUGGCCCACCACCGACUCACAGGUGCUGCAGUGGCAAUAAAAGUCCUUCUGAAGGAGAAGCACCAAGCCUUCCCGAUUAAGUCUGAAGUGAGGAUAAUGAAGCGAAUGAACCAUCCCAACAUCAUCUCACUGCACCAGGUAAUUGAAACAGAACAGAACAUCUUUCUGAUCCUGGAACUGGCUGAUGGACGUGAGCUAUGGGACUGGAUUCAACAAGUCGGCUACCUACAGGAGGGCAUGGCCCAGAAGAUAUUCAAACAGAUAGUACAUGCCAUGUGCUACUGCCACGACCAAGGCAUAGUACACAGAGACCUCAAACCAGACAACAUUAUGGUGGAUGCUAGGGGCAAAGUCAAAAUUAUAGACUUUGGCCUGGGUGCCUUAGUCAGGCCCGGAACUAAGCUGUACAGGUUCUGUGGUGCCUUACGAUUUGGUGCCCCAGAAUUCUUCCUGCGCCAACCCUAUGAUGGCACCAAAGUGGAUACAUGGAACUUGGGCGUUCUACUAUAUUUUAUGGUGACCGGGACCCUGCCAUUUGAAGGUACCACCUUCGAAGAACUUGGAAGCAAAGUGUUGCUAGGACGGUAUAAUGUUCCCUCCCACCUCUCACAAGAUCUGCAGGAUGUUAUUCGCUGCUUAUUAACGGUAAAUCCUAUGCAGAGACCGACACUAAAGGACAUUAUGGACCAUCCUUGGCUUAGGAAAGGAGAUGUGGGUUUAUCAAGCCAUUGUGAUAAGAUGAGCCCUAGCCACCUGGACCCUGCAAUCAUGGCAGCCAUGGCAGAUAUGGGGUUCAAUCCACAUGACAUCCGGGAAUCUUUACUCCAUAGGUUGUUCAACGAACCUAUGGCAACCUAUGGCCUACUGCAAUGUCAGGCACGCCAGCAGGGUGGCUUCACUAUCCAAACCAAGUCAGUGCGACCAGGAAUAACACCUUUUCCCACUCCCAUAGAUCCUGCUGCUUUCCCUGGGUGCCAAAAGAGGACAAGUGAUGCAUCAGCCCUUCGAGCCUUUCUGUCAUUAUCCUCAAAAACCGACACUGCAGAGGACAGCCAGCAGGUAGGGCAGAGGAUCAGAAGAAGUGUCACUGUGCCUAUAAUUAUUCCCCGCUGCCUCCAGAAGAGGACACCCACUCAUGUUAUUGUCCAUGACCCCACAGAGACACAGGCUAGUGGAACUACAGACUCGAUCCGAGGAACAUGCAGGGGCUGGAAGAGGUGGGCAAGGAGGAUUGGGACCGGUUUAUUACAGACCUUCUGCUGCCUGCCACACAAGAAGAAAAGAGUGGGGCCCCAAAAGGAGGUAUAGCAGGAAAAGACAGGAAGCCA